AUGCAGUCAAUACUUAGGGACCGCCCUCCGUGGCUACUUCGAUACCGCUCUUCGACUGUCUUCAUUGUAGCGACAGUCUGGAUAUCUUCCUUUACAGAUUACUUUCUCUAUGCAAUGGUCGUCCCCAUUCUACCGACAGCGCUAGUUGAGCGCGCAGAUGUACCUUACACAGACCGCGAGUACUGGGUCAGCGUCCUCCUCAUGUGCGAAGCGGUCACCGCAUUCAUCUGCUGCCCGGUAUUCGGGUACAUCGUGGACGUCGCCCCCACACGCCGUCUGCCCUAUGUCCUGGGCCUGAUCUUCUUAGGCGCCUCAAUGGGUCUCCUAUGGGCCGCCAGAUCAACAGCAAUGUUCGUCAUUGCACGUCUCCUGCAAGGCGGUGCAACGGCCAUGGUAGCUGUCGCGGGUCUAGCUCUUCUCACGGACUCUGUCCCACUCGACAAUCUAGGUCAAACGAUCGGGUACCAAGGGUCAGCUAUUGCGAUGGGGUUCCUACUUGGUCCGCUACUAGGUGGGAUCAUCUAUGACAAGGUGGGGUACAAUGCUGUCUUUGGGAUGUCUUUUGCCCUUGUUGGCCUUGACUUGAUUAUGCGUGUUCUGGUUGUUGAGAAGAAGGUUGCUGGGAAGUGGAUUGAGGAUCCAGUGACGGAACGGUCGUCAUCGACCUCGUCUGCCACUAUUCGGCCGGCGAAGAAUGACGCGGGGAGGUCGAUUUGGUCUCCAACGACAGUACCGUCGUCUUCCGCCUCGUCAACGACUAUUCGCGCGAUUGGGUAUCAGACCUUUGCGAAUACACCAACCACAGGUAGCGAUGCCGACUCUGAUACGGAGGCCACAAAUGAGUGUGAGCAUGGGAAUGCACAUGUACACAGUGACGGACCGGUACACGCACCGCCAACUCUUCUCGAAAUCGCAAAGCAGCCCCGAGUCGUCGUCUCCUCAUUCGGACUCCUCGUUCAAGGCCUCCUCUUCUCCGCAUUCGACGCCACUAUUCCCAUCUUCGUCGAAACCCACUUCAACUGGACCCCGCUAGGCGCAGGUCUCGCCUUCCUUCCAUCUGCCCUAACAGCCCUCUUCGAGCCUUUCUUCGGUAACCCUCCCUCUUCCCCAGCCUCUUAUCUCCCCAUCUUCCCAAAUACAAGAGAAGCACCCAAUUUUAAUCGUUUCGAAGGCUACAUAUCCGACAAACACGGCACGCGCCCCGUGACAUUUAUCUCCUUCAUCCUGCUUCCCCUCCCACUCGCCUCUCUCGCCAUCGUCUCCGCCAACAAACCAACCCACAUCGCCCUCCUCCUCACCCUACUAACCGUAAUCGGCCUGCUAAUCAACCUCGCCACGCCAGCCCUCUACGUCGAGACGCAAGAUGUGCUCGAGGCAAUGCAGCCGCAGCAACCUCCCCAUUCCCAGCAUCAGGACGAAGCCCAGAACGAGCAUCCGCAAUCCAACACCAGCACGAAGAGAACCCGGUGCAGGACUUGCAGUAUAGCUAGAACCGGAGCCGGGGGCGGUAUUGCCCAGGCCUUUGGCAUCCAAACUAUGGCGCAGUUCCUGGGGAUGUUUCUCGGUUCGCUGUGGGGUGGGUUUGUGGAGUGGAGGUUCGGGUGGCGGGUUAUGGCUGUUUCGUUAGGGGUUUUGAGCUUUGUGACCGCGUGGGGGAUGCUGUUUCUUGGUGAAGGGUCUCUUCGCAGCUCUUUGGUUUGGUGGAGGAAGGAUAGUAGCGAGGGUGGUGCGAGGGUUUCAGGUGAAGAAGGGAGUGGAAGGGAGAGGGAGAGGCUUUUGGGUGCUUCAGAUGAGGGCGCUGUAUAAUUGGAGCUAUUUCUCUCUUUUCGAUACAUAGAUCUAGGUCCCUAUACAUUUUUGAAUUUGGCGUAUAUCCAUCUAUACUUGAAUUUGUACGGAGUGAAGACACAAGCAAUGACACAAGCAUAACUAUGUGACUCGAAAGUCAAGCGUUUUGUAACCUGAGUUCUCAUAUACACUGCACUGUAUGUUCUUUUUGUUUGCUUCCCAAACCAGAAGCCCUGAAUGG